UCUAGUAAUUUUUACACUUAACAAUAAUGUUUUUUGCACCACAUCUUAAACGUAAAAGAGGCGCUAACAACAAAUGGCUGGUGAAACCUUUUCCUAACAUUGAAUCUAAUAAAAAAUAUGAGGGUAUAUUUACUGGAAUAUCUGUGGAAGUUAGUGCCAAAGACGACAUUAUAGCUAUUUAUGACAAUGGUUUUUAUGGUAAAGGAAGUCAGUCCAGAAGUAUCCCAAAAGUUGUGAUGCAAACUGCAACUUCCAGGGAAGAGCUGAAAAGUGAUAAUGAUGUGGAGGAGUCCUUAAGUUUAAGCUUGGAAGAGGCUUUCUUUUUGGGUUAUUAUCUGAAUGUACUUAAAAUAUAUGAUUUAGAGAGUACAGAAAUGGAAUAUCAAAGUUUUCUACAAGUUUGUAUGAAAGUCAAUGAAUUAUUUGUAGAAUCACUGGCUUCAUAUUUAUACUUAAAGUCAAAGGGAUGGGUUGUGAAGAGUGGCUUAAAAUUUGGAGGCAACUAUUUAAUUUAUCGCAGGGGGCCACGUUUCUAUCAUGCCAGCUUCGUGGUCGCUUUACAUACUCCUUUAGACACAGAACACUUGGAUUCUAAAAAUCUUAAAGGUUUGCAGCGCAUUGCCGAAACUUCCGAUAAAGAUGUACUUAUACUUGAGGUACAUAAACCCUCUAAUUUUCAUUUUUUUAAUACAGAUGCUAUAUCAAAUAUAGAAAUAUCCGAAAUGGUAAUAAGAAGAUUUAAUUGCACAUAUUUUGUUCAAAAUCAAAAUAUAAGAAAGUAAACUUUUAUUUUUCUCAACCAAA